AUGUCGAUCAGUGCCCUCCUCAGCUUGGCCCACACCUUUUCGCCGGAUUCGGCCUCGGAUCCCACCGAUCUUCUCCAUUCUGUGUUCACCUCCAAUCUGAUCCUGGUCUUCGCCGGCGUCACCGCCGCCCGCAAUUUCCUCGGCCAUCCAUUACAGUGCGGGUCCGGAGCUCACUUUCCGUCCACCUGGGAAAAGGUUGGUCUCUUAAGAAGUAGUCAUAAAGCAGUACUCGUCUCUUGUCGUAACUGUGGAGUCAUAUUAUUACAUCAUCAAGGUCAUAAAGAUCACGUGAUCGAGCAGGUAGCCAUUUUAUUGUCAUUCUAAAACGACCUCCAUCUUCGCCGAUGUGUCAUUUCCUUUUGUAAUUCUUUCUUUCGGCGACCUUGAAGUAAAUUAUUAAACAUCGACUCACCCUGAGGCACUAAACCAAAGAUAAGAAUCUCGUUUCUUGGCUACAUGAAACCUCUUCCAUAGGAAUUAGGUUGUUUUAUGUUCUUGAAAGUUGUUUUUGUACGAUUUGCUGAUCUCUGCUUUGGUCAUAAAAAACUUGAAAUUCGAAAAAAAAGAAUCCUGGAAUCUAAGAGACGACGAUAAGACGGCCCAUGGGCAGAUUAUGAUAACAUAACGUCUCUAAUUUGGUUAUUAUCUACACGGCUCCUUCGGAAUGUGUCGCGAUCGCUCUGUUUGUACAACUUUUUGUCGGCCGAGAUUAUUCGAAUUGCUUCUGAAGUGGGGACAACACUUAAUGGACAACGGGCGAUUAGGGGCCGCGCGAGGGGAGGGAGGGGGGCGACCACGUGCGAACAACCGACUGUCAGGAAACACUCGGCGGAACCGGUCAGGGGCAAAUUGCGGCUUUUUCGGUGUCGCUCCUGUGAAAGUGAUCGGUGGUGAGGCUUUUUGGGCCCCUCACAAAUUAAGAAGACCCGUGGUGCGCAAUCACUCUCAAAUAUGAUUCCGUUGGGGUUUCGUUUCGUCGAUGGAAUUAUGAGUCCUUGAGUAAUCAAAGCAAUCGAUGGCUUUAAUUGAUAGGCGUGAGACUCUUUGUCUUCUCCCUGACCUCGCUUUCUUUACAAUUAGUUGACAAUACUUAAUCCCUUUUCGAUAUACUCUUCCAGGUAUUUUUAAUUACGCAUCUCGGGUUUUAUUCCCUUCUCUGAACCGAAUGCAUCUUUUCUCGGCCAUUGUUCCGUACAAUAAUAUCUUUUUGUGUUUCGUCAUCCUGAGAGGCAUGGGUUGGGGCCUUCGAAGGGAACCCUCCAGCCUGUCAGCCAUCGUUUUGAUUGUUCUGAACCGUGUCUUCCAGGUCUUCUCUUAUCAGCCGGGGCUCCUUUAAUCCGGCGCCAUGAUGAUCGAGGCCCUCAUCUCCAUGGCCCGAUACCUCUCGGCCAGGGAGGAUGAUGACUUUGCGGAUCGAAUGAAUUACCUCUACACCCCCAACAUGCUGCUUGCCUUCAGUGUAUUGAUCAGCUUCAAACAGUUCGGUGGUCGGCCUCUCGAGUGUAUCUUUCCUUCCAAAUUCAGCGGUUCGUUGCAAGAAGUCCGUCUUUUCAAUAUCUCCUCUUUCAUCACUUUUCAGACCCUUAUCAGUAUUCUAAUUGACUUGCAUUCAGUAUGCCGAGAACUAUUGUUGGUCGGAGAACACUUACUUUGUCCAACCUGACAUACAUGUGGCCACUAUCAAGGAAUCGGAGAGGGUAUCUCCGGAGAGGAAACUGAGUUAUUAUCAAUGGGUGCCGUUCUUCUUGUUGUUACAGGCUGCUUGUUUUCGACUUCCCUCUUUUCUGUGGAAGUGUAUGAGUAUUAACUCGGGUGAGUUGUUGAUAAGGAUCUGUACUCAGAUAAUUCAUAUGGUCUUUGGCAUCUGAUAUCGAAGUAAUUCUUUUUACUUUACGCUUUUAGGACUUCGUAUCCACGAGAUUGUAAAUCGGGCUUUGGAUCCCGGGAAUAUGGAAGAACAGACUCGUCAAAAGAACGUCGAAGUUCUUGGGGGUCACAUCAGCAAUGUCCUCAAAUUCCAAAGGCAUAUCCAGAGGAGGAAUAUUAUGAUCUACAGGACAUUUAAGGUGCUCAACAUUACUUAUUCAGCCUGCUUCAUCAGUUAUAUGUACUUGUUUACCAAGGCGUUGUAUGUUGUGAAUGUUGUGACACAACUUUAUUUAAUGAACAGGUAAGUCGUUUUUUAAUUUAAUUUAAUUAAUAUUACUGCAAAAACUGGUAAAAAUUACGCAAAAAUAAUCGGAUUACGUAAUAGAUAUCGUGGUUUCAGAUUCCUGGAGACUGACAAAUACACUUGGUAUGGCUUCGAGGUCAUCAGAGAUAUUGUGAGAGGCGUUAACUGGCAAUCUUCAGGGUUCUUCCCGAGGGUUUCUAUCUGCGAUUUCGCGGUAAGUUCUUAUAUUUUUUAUAUCAGCAUUUGUUUAUAAUUACAGGUCCGUUCCGUGGCUCAAAUCCAAACAUAUUCCGUCCAGUGUGUACUUGUAAUUAACAUCUUCAACGAGAAGAUCUUCAUCCUGCUCUGGUUUUGGUACACUCUCCUUACUUUGGUCACAAUUGGGUCCUUUGUUUACUGGUUCUUAGUGGUCGCUUUCCCCUGUUUUGGCCGCUGGUAUGUAGCCACAAACCUAGAAUUGAAUCAGACGGAGGAACUGGAUGUUAAACGUAGGUUUUACACUUUAAAAAAUACAUUUACUAUACUGACAUAUUUUGUGUAAUCAUAAUAAAUAUGAUGCAAAUUUAUUCUCUUUUCUUCAGGGCAUCAAAAGAAUGUGAAAAAGUUUGUGAACGAAUACCUAAAACAAGACGGAAUCUUUGUUCUGCGAAUGGUCUCGAUGCAUGCGGGGAUAAUCUUCGGGACGGAGUUGGUCAUGAAUCUCUACAAGAUCUUCCUCGGCUACCAAAGCCAAUACAAACCUCUUCCUAAACCCGAAAAUCAUUAUUCUUCCAAUCUUUCGGACUCGCUCAGGAAUCGGAAGAAGCCCAAAGACGUCGAGGAGACUGGGCUCGACGAUUUAGCCACUGGCUUCAUACCCGGCACUCCCAGUCAUCGCUCCAAAUCCCAUUCCAGAUCUUCUUCCAGCUCCUCGGACUCGCGCCGUUCCAUAAAUCAAAAUAUUUAA